UUGCUUCUAUAUAAGACAAACCCAACUUGAAGAUGUUCUCACAGAAAACAUAUUCAGAAAUAAACCAGAAAAAGAAGAAGAAAAAAAAUAAUGGCUAGGGUUCCCUGCAAGCGUCUUCUUCUUGUUGCUUUUUUCCUCCUCUUCAUCGCUACAACAGCUAGAGCAAGAAAUAUGCCGGUGGCUAAGGAAACUCAGAAAGUACUUCACAAUGAUAAAGUGCUUACGGCGACGGAAAAUCAUGGAGAAGAUCAUGUUAAGGUUGAUGAAUUAGUAGCUAUGGACUACAGUCCGGCAACAAGGAAGCCUCCGAUCCAUAAUUAACUACCAAAGUUUUGUACAUUAAAACAAGUACUUGAUAAAGCAGCUCUUUUUAUAUAUACAUUCAGUCAUUUCUACAUAGUAGGAAGGAUCAUAAAACAAGGUAAUCAUCAUCU